GAGUUUUCUCGUACAAUUCAGCAAUCAAAUCAGUUUAAUUUAUAUACACAGCCAAAUUCCAAUGAUGUUUAAAACAAAAUUAACAAUGCUAUAGAACACACACAGAGCAUGACUUCCACUUGCAAGCCAAAGAAAUAAGAAAAAACAUAGAAAAGCAGGCGACAAAAACACAAAAAAACAGAGAAAAAGUUUCGCAACGCAAAGGAAAGUCCAGUCCGAGAUCUUUUGUGAAUAUUCCAGUGCAUGACGAAUGCAGAAAGAAAACUAGCAACGUCAACUUGUGGGGGAAAAGCGUAACUUGAAAUGAGAUGCAAACUCGACGACGACUCCAUCAAACGGACCAGCAGGAUUACAGCAGCAGCACCUAUACCCUUCACGCAGCGGAGGAUCAACAAGCAUCGGGCGGCGGAGGACCUCACGCGCUAGUACAACCUGGGCAGCAAUCACCACUGCAGCCACCAGGAGGAGUCUUGACCCUUGACAUUGGCGAUCCGCAGUCACUGGCAUCCGUCCAGACAACAGACUCGGACGACAAGUACGGCAAGGCAGCUCGUCAGUGGAAUUUGCGUGCCUUCUCGGGCCAGGCACUGCGCACAUUGAGUGCCGCAGCAGCUGUUGUCACCGGCAGUCAUCCAGGCGACAAUAACAACGACAACAACAACUACAACUACGGUGGAACGACAACAGCUCUCACAGCCACGCAAAACGAUCGAAAGGAGUCAGAGUUAGAGCCAGAGCCAGAGCAGGAAAUCUUCAUUAUGGCGGCCAGAGAUCGUACGGGCGAGUUUGCCAAUGCGAUACGUUCGCUGCAGGCACGCAACAUCACACGGGCCGUCAACAUACGGGAUCCCCGCAAGGCCAAACAGAUUCAGAGCUAUUCCGAGUUCAUGAUGGUCGCCAGAUUCAUUGGCAAGAACAUAGCCAGCACGUACGUCAAGCUGGAGAAGCUAACACUGUUGGCCAAAAAGAAGAGCCUCUUCGAUGACAGACCGCAGGAGAUACAGGAGCUGACGUACAUCAUUAAGGGUGAUUUGAAUGCAUUGAAUCAGCAGAUUGCACGCCUGCAGGAAAUCUCCAAGGAUCAGCGACGCAACACGAGCGGCAAACAUCUGGUAUCACAUUCCUCCAACAUGGUUCUGGCACUCCAAUCCAAGCUGGCCAGCAUGAGCACGGACUUCAAGCAGAUUCUGGAAGUGCGCACGGAAAAUCUCAAGCACCAGAAGACGCGCCGUGAUCAGUUCAGCCAGGGACCAGGUCCCAGGGCUGCUCAUUCCGUGUCCCCGUCGACGGCCAAGCAGGGCUCGCUGCUGAUGAGCGAGGAGAACCAAGCGGUCAGCAUAGACAUGGGCGGCAGCAGUGAUACGUCGCCGCUCCUCGGUGGCCAGCAGCAGCAGCAGCAACAGCAAAUGGCCAUCUACGAUGAGUCCGACAAUUAUGUGCAACAGCGCGCCGAGACAAUGCAGAACAUUGAGUCGACAAUUGUCGAGCUGGGCGGCAUAUUCCAGCAGCUGGCGCAUAUGGUCAAGGAGCAGGAGGAGAUUGUCGAACGCAUCGAUACGAAUGUGGCCGAUGCUGAGCUGAAUAUUGAGGCGGCGCAUGGCGAGAUUCUCAAAUACUUUCAGUCAGUCUCCAAGAAUCGUUGGCUGAUGAUUAAGAUUUUCGGUGUUUUGAUAUUCUUCUUCCUAUUCUUUGUUGUUUUUAUGUCAUAAUCCAAUGCCUGCCCUUUUGCCUUUCCCCUCUCUGUAAAACACCCACAAUUAUGAUUAAACAAAUUUUUGGUUUUGUGAAAUAAAUAUAAAAUAAUAUUA